AUGCCUGGUGCGCAGGUGGCAAUCCUGAAUGCCGACAACGGAGUGUUCCUGUCGUGGGUGGAUCGCUCCACGCUGGCGGACAUCACCGUCAGCGUGACCCGCCCCCGCAUCAACGCGCAGCACCUAGACGACUUCAACGGCCACCACGCCCUCUCCAUCCUCUCUGGCCAGGCAAACUUGGUCACCAGGUUCAACGUCGCGGUGCGCUACAUACACGACCUGACUGUGGCGGGCAGCGCGCGGCUCAACGUGUGGAUGGAGGGGCGUGGCGUGGACCUCAACAUCGACUGCCACCGCACCGCCCCCUGGGCCAACCUGUUCACCGUGCUCAGCCUGGGCCUCGGCACCCGGCCCUUUGCCAGCGGAGGGCGCAGCGACCGCGGGGCGCACGCGGGCCGCGGCAACACCUUCUGGGGGCUGCGUCCAGCGUCUGGCGCCCCGCUUCCCCUGCCCGCCUGCGAGUUUGGGCCGCUGCUCAACUUGUCGGGCGCUACUCUGGGAGCCGGGUGA